UGUGAACGAAACGAACGACUUUAUUGAGGCGGAGGAGGGAGGGGUGUGUCGUCGUUCACUUCCUGCUGAGCAGCGGUUGGUUGACUGAGAUAAAACAGGUCAUUAUGGCGCCUUUACAUGAAAACACGUGUUUAAACUUUCCUGUAAGAAGAUUUAAUUUUAGACGAUUUAAAGAAAUACGAUAUUUGAUAUCUUUAAAGUCUCUGAAUCCUCGCUACAGCUGACAUCUUUAUUUAUUGUUAAUCUCGCCACUUUUCCACGUUAUAAAAAAACGACGACUCGCGCUCGUUUAGCGGCGUGCUGCUCGCUGCUGUGUUGUUUCCGCCGACAGACGGCGACACACAGAGAGGUGAGUUUUUCAGGGCAGGGGAGUGAUUCUUCCUUCAGGACUUGGCGAAUGAACGACACGAGUCACCCAGAGAACGACGCUGUGACUUCAUCAGCAGGGGAGGGGCUAAUGAACGAACUCGCCGCUGAGUCACUCACUGGUUUUACUGCAGCGACAGUGACUGAUUCAGUGAACGAAUCUUUUGAACGAAUCUUUUAAAUGAACCGAUUCUAAAGAUUCAGUCAAAAGAACUGAUCUACCAUCACUAACAGGAUGGGCCGAACACAUGAACACAUGAACACAUGAACACAUGAACACAUGAACACAUGAAGACAUGAGAGCUGAGGUUACAGUCCGUUCUCUCUCUGAUGAUUUGGUUCAGAAUGACGGUGUCGUCUGCAGAGGACCCUGGUUAAUAAAGACCAGACUCUGUGGUUCCUGUAUGAAACUGAACUGGGUCAUGAGUUCCUCAGUAAAACUGUGACCUGGGCUCUGACUGACAGGUGUGUACCUGCUACAGGUGAUGGUCUCAGGAUGUCUGAUGGGAGACAGCGAACUUUGUCCACCUCUGGAGAGUCUCUGUAUCAGAUCCUGGCUCUGGAGAAAGGCUGCAGCCAUGAAGAGAUCAAGAAGUCCUACAGGUGAGACCCUGAAGCCCCGCCCACUCACCUGUAUCAUGUGAUCAGUCAGCUGAUACAGUCUGUGGAUAAUCUGACUCUGCAGGUGGAUCUGUGUGACAGUAUGAGUGUGUGAUAACAUGACGGUUUCAUGUGCUCACAGGAAGUUGGCGUUACGGUACCACCCCGAUAAGAACCCGGAUAACCCCGAGGCGGCGGAGAAGUUUAAGGAGCUGAACAGCGCUCAUGCGGUCCUGUCCGACCUCACCAAGAGAAACAUCUACGACUCGUACGGCUCGCUGGGACUCUACGUAGCCCAGCAGUUCGGGGAGGACAACGUCAACACCUACUUCAUGCUGUCCACCUGGUGGGCCAAGGUGGGCGUUCCUGUCUGAAGGCAGAACCCUGUUCUGCUGGGUCCCGUAUCCUGAUUCUGGUCCUCAGGAUCCUGCCUGGUUCUCUGUGGACCAGAAUCAGGAUUAGGAUCCUGGUUAUUUUUGUAGUCUUGCCCCCGAUCUCCACCUUCAUCCUGAUCGUCUCCUAAAAGGUCGUAUCCUCCGAUCGUAGCUGAUCGUAACCAUUCAAGUUAACGUGUCAAUUUACACCGACUUCUUUCCGUUCCUCUGCGGAUCGCCGGACUCCUCAGCUGAUCACAAGAGUUCUAUUUUUUCUGGACGCCGGAGCAUGGCGGAUAAAUUCAGCACAGAUUAACCCGUGCUGGAAAGGAAGUCGGGCACAGACACAAAAUAAAACAUCCGGCUUCUUUUCAAAAUAAAACACUCCGUGUUUCAGGAGGAUCGUAUUUCACACCCUGCAAACGGGCGGAGACGAACAAGUGAAAGGUUUUUAGACGUCAUUUCACCCCGAUGACACCAUGGAUGAGGAGAUGCUGAUUCUAGAAGUCUAGAAGUAGAUUUCCUCCUCUGGAAGGACACAAUCUACUGCUUAUAUGUCUAUGUGUCUGUCUUUAGAGAGACAACUUGUUAUCGAGUGAUUGAACGUGAAUCUGAGGGUUCUUGUGAGUUCUCCUGAUUCCUGCUGUCUUUAAUCCACCACGAAAUUCGCCUCACAAACGGAUCUGGUAGGAUUUGGUGGACGGAGAAAAAUUGCCGCCAUUCUGGAUCGGAGCCGUUCAGGAUGUGGUGGAAAUCCCGGGCUAGGAUUUUCUCCCAGGUCUUUUAUGUGUCACAUUAUCCGAUCUUGUCUCAGGAUCUUGCUCCUCUGUGAUCUUGUUUCAGGCCUUGUUUGCUGUCUGUGGCGUCCUGACCGCCUGUUAUUGCUGCUGCUGUCUCUGCUGCUGCUGUAACUGUUGCUGUGGGAGACUUAAGCCGCCACCGACAGGUGAGGGGGCGGAGCCAGACUACGUCUCCCCUGACGACCUGGAAGAGGAGAUGCGCAAUGACCCUGACAACGGUGAGACCACAGGACCUCAAAAUUUAAGAAAUCAAAACUCAAACUAAAGACGAGGUUUUUAGCAGAAAUUGAUUUGUUAAAGGUGUUGUAGUCAGGAUCUGAGGAGAAAUCUUGAAUGUAAACUCUACCCCUCCCAACCAGUUUUCCCCUCAGCUCCUCCUCUCCCCUCAAGCCCCGCCCACAAACAGACGCUCCUGCUCGCUCGUAUCGUUCCAGUUAAAUUCAGAUAUAAUGCAGAUAAAUCCUUCAGAUCAUUACAAAUGGGGCCCAGUCAAGGUGAAAGUCAAAAGCAUUGGUGCUACUGUAGAUGCCAACAGACUACCAGCAAACACAAUGUUUGCAGGACUUCUACAACGAGGAUAAAGUGACAUAGUCCAGGACCCGAGGGAGGACAGUUUAGCGAUGGCGCUACAACACGCUACAGCAGGUCCGUUUGACAAGAAACACUUCUGUUACAGACACUUGUCUUACUUUGUUAAAGCGGUUUACCUGUCCAGCAGAAAGGUUACAGGGUCACCAAGAUCCCCAAGCGUCCCCCAUGGUUUAUGUUGACCCGGCUUUUUAGCUCUUGUCCGGUCUACCUCCGUUCCUGACUACUCUACCUUUAAGUCAGGUAGGACAAUGAUCCGUGGACCGGCUGAGGGGAGGAGUCUGUCUUAAAUCUUAGUCCUGUUUCGUUCCUCUCAGGUCUGAUGAACUUUUUUCUCUCACAGACGCUGAAACUCCGAUCGUUCAGCAGCCGACCAACGCCAGCGAGAAAACUCAGCUGAUCACUGACGGACACCGAAGAUACGGAGACACCUACACAUGAAGCCCCAGGACCGCCAUCAACCCACCUGACACAGGAAACGCAUCACUGACCCGCCUCACCUGUGUAAACUAAGAGUACACUGUAAAAACUAAUCAAUUAAAGAUCAAUAUGUAUUAAUAAUCUUGCUGAAUGCUGAAGCAACAAUCUAAUAACUCAAGUAUCUUGUUCUUUCAGUCAGAUCCUUCAGUUUGUAUCAUGUCUGAACAAGAACCACAGAAACACUGAAGGGACAAAAGGAUGUGGACACCUGAGUUCAUACACUUUGACCAGAUCUGACUCUAAACCAAAAAACAAGAUACUAAACAAGAUCUACAGAGCCCUAAAAAUAACAAGAUCCUGCUUAUCAAGAUAUCACAUCAUGUUUUACAUCUUGUCAAAACAAGAUCCACAUCUAGCUAAGGAGUUUGUUUGAACAAGAUCCAUGGUACUGUUAUUGUUUUUACUGAGGUAAGAUCUGGAUCUUGUUUUACACAUUUUAAAAGGCAGAUCUGGAUCUUUCUCUGUGGGCUGAACAAACUUUGUCUGAGGACAAGAUCCAUCAAUAAUAAGUGUGUGUUGUAUCUUGCACAGACUUAUAUUUAAAACAUUAUUGAUCUUGUUUUUGCAGAAUCAGAUGGUGGUGUAAUCAGAGCUCUUCAGAUUCUUAAAUCAUCAGAUCGUUGCUUUUUGGAUCAAGUUGUUGUGAACCUUAAAUACUUUAUUAUUUAUUCAUCGAAGGCUGUGAUUGGCUGGUUGUGAUUGGCUGGUUGUGAUUGGCUUGUUAUCUUGUUUUAUUUUGAGGUGUAACAGAAGAUUAAACAGGAUCCAACAGUUUAAAAAAACUAAAGUUUAUCUUGAUCAUGUUUUAUUUUCUGACUUUGUCCUGAUAAAAACAGAAACACAGACCUCCUGUUUUGUCAAAUGUGUUGGUGUAAAUAAAGUUUUGUGUGAAUAUUACUGAGUGUGCGCUGACGUC